UUGUCAUCGGCGCAGACAAAAUUUAAAUAAAUUAAACAAAUCAAGACAAAGUUAAUAAAAAUGUCGAUAGUUUCUUAAAUUUAAGUGAAAAAACACUGAUAAAUUCUUAUUGUUAAAUUUUAACAUUCAUUUUCCUAGUAUCUGUAGAGACUGUGUUCUUCCUGCUUUCUCUGAAUGAUAAAACACAUACCUAUACCAGUCAAGGGAAGAAAUGCACACAAAUAAAUAUGACACACCAAAUAUAUCAAGUGAAUGCAUCAUAUUUCUUCCUCGCCCAAUUUGUGUGCAAGUUUUUUCCCUAUUCAACUGGUACUUUUAUUAUUCGAGUAAUGUAGAAGAUACAAUUGAUCAUUUCAAUAGUACAGAUCAUUUGCUUCGUCAUUUCUGGUCUAGAUCAUUUACUGACACAGAUCACGUGUUUGCAAGUCGGAACGAAUCCAGGUGCUAGUCAUUGGCGUAUAGCGUGACUCGUGUCAAGUAAUGACGUAACGGCGUUAACUAAAGCUAGCGUAUUCGAACGAAUCAAACGACUGAUAACUUAACGAACGUUAACGGGGUUCAUAGAGCAGCACAACCAUCAUGCAAAACGACGCCCCCUGGUUUCGAGAUAUUGAAAAAGGAUGGUGGGUCGAGGUUAGUGACAGCAGUUUCCGUUUGGCUGCGCCGAGUUCCGCGUCGUCCGAGUUGCUUGUCCUGUCCCGUUACACAGCAGCCACACUGUCUGCUCGGCUGACGUUUCAAUACGAACAGGUACAACGUGCCUAAGAUGGAAGGCCGUUCCGACAGUCACCGGUGCAAUUGUAUAAUUUGAUGCUGAGAUCUGAUACCACUGAACAGUCUGCAAUUACAUGCUUGACAAGCAUUUGUGACUGUGAUGCUCUUGGCUGUCUGCAGAACAAGUGGAGGAGGCGAGAAAUGGAUAAGCAGUGGCUUAGUCCAGGUCAAGAAACCGAAUGCAUAUCCGGAACAGUUCUGGAAACAGAUGAUCUCAAUAAAGGCUCACAAGACUUGUUUGAGCUACUGGAAAAGUUACAGAAUAGUAGAUUGGAUGAUCAGAGAUGUGUGCUACCAUCAUCGUUACAAAGUUCCUCCAGUACUAAACAAAAGGUGAAAAAGGAAUCUGGGAUGCUGGAAGAUAUACUUCUUAGUCCUGGUCCUUAUCCCAUGAUAGUAUUACCUCCGACUGGUGGUUAUUGGGUUGAUGGUGUCGAGCAUGACUGCCCCAUUGAUUCUCAAGGAAAUCCUAUUAUUCCAAAACAUUGCUGGUCUAAUAAGUUUGAAACAGAUGAAACAGCAAAGCUGUACAGAGAAUUCUUCCUUGGAUAUGAACAUUUAAAUUUUGUAUCGUCUGACGAUAAUUUUGGGCCGGUUGUUAUGUCUAUAAAACAGGAAAUCAUAUCUAACCAAGAGCAUUUAAGGGUUAUAUUAAGGACAAAGGCAGGAAUGAUCCAUGAUCUGGUUCCAACCAGUCUCGCAGGAGACUGUCUGAACCCAGUUCGUGUAGCAAAGCUUCUAAAUGAAGAUAUUUCAACAGAGAAGUUUUUUCCUGUAUUGUUUCCUAAGGCAUCAGAGUUAAUAGUUGCCUAUGAUGAACAUAUUCUAGUCAAUACUUUCAAAUUUGGUGUUAUUUAUCAAAGAUUUGGUCAGACAACAGAAGAAGAAUUAUUUGGAAAUCUUUCUCACAGUCCAUCUAUGGAUGAAUUUUUAGAAAUAUUAGGGGAGAAAGUUAAAUUGAAAGAUUUCAAAGGAUUCCGAGGAGGGUUGGACACUCAUUACGGUCAGACUGGUGAAGAAUCUGUAUAUACUACUUUUCAAAAUUGUGAAAUCAUGUUUCAUGUUUCUACACUCUUACCUUUUACGGAAGGUGAUGUACAACAAUUACAAAGGAAACGUCAUAUUGGAAAUGACAUUGUUGCAAUAGUUUUUCAAGAAUCAAAUACACCAUUCAUGCCUAGUAUGGUAGCAUCUCAUUUCCUGCAUGCGUAUAUAGUUGUUCAAGUUUUAGAUUCGCAAAAUCCGAGAAAAUACAAAGUUUCUAUAGCUGCAAGAGAUGAUGUACCAUUUUUUGGUCCUACGCUACCAAAUCCAGCAGUUUUCACAAAGGGUGCCCAAUUUAGGGAUUUUCUUUUAACAAAACUGAUCAAUGCAGAAAAUGCUUGUUACAAAGCAGAUCGAUUUUCUAAGUUAGAAUGUCGUACACGAGCUUCUUUGCUUCAAUCGCUUCAUGAUAAUUUACGUCAAAAAACUCAGGAGUUUUGUGGUCUUAUAUUGCCCACGGAUAGUAAACCCGAAAUUAAUGGCAGUAGCACAAGAUUCUUUGAUUCUGUACGUAAAGCAUUAAGUGGGAGAAGCAGAAGCCAGUCUGUAGAAUCAAAUUUGGCUAAUGCUACACCAAAGCGCUCAUCAUCAAGCACUAGUAAUAGCAGUUUGACAGGGACGCUCACGGGUGAAACAACACCAACAACAAUGCGAGCACAAAGUAGUAAGAGUUUGUACCAAAGAUCACCCUCACAGAGUUCUGGAAACAGGGAAAACAAUAAUCGAUGUAGUGAUUCCAUAAGUGUAAGUGCAGCUUCCCAAAUUUGGGGAAGAGCAAACAGUACACCAGGGACACCUAUAUCAAGUCCCGAUACUCCACCUCCUCUUCAACCACAUGCUUCAGAAUCUGAUUCCUCUAGUCUAAAUAGUUUGGAAUUGGAACGUGGGUCAUUAUGUCAUGAAGAUUCUGAUGUUAUGUCUGAUUGCUUAUCAUCGGCUGAAGUACUGGCAGCUUUGAAAUAUCAGACUGAAUCUUUGAAGCAAGAAAUAGCAAAAUUGAAGGGUGAUAAAUUGGAUCUCUUAAAACAAAAUGUUGUAUGUCAGAGAGAACUGAAAAAGUUAAAAGAGAAAGAAAUGCGUCUGACGACAGACUUGUCUUUAGCGAGGAGAGAGAUCGCUCGUCUUCACAUUCAACUCGCAGAAUUACAUCCCUGUGUGGAUCCCACAACAGUUUAAUUAAUCCGCAGCUUUUUCGUCAAGCUGUUAGUCCGCUAUUAUUGUGCGCCAUUUUCAUGUCGUUCAUAAACUGUUUUGUUCUCAUUUAAGAUGACAUGAAAUGGUCUCGGAAUUUUUGUGAACAUCGUCUGAAGAUAUACUAAAGGAAGAAUAUUCCUGCCACCAAAUUUUAGUUUUGGUAAUACAAGCACAUUAAUUGUACAAAAAAUUUCUUCAAAGAAUACAAACAAAUUGUUUAUAUAUAUAAUGUAAUUUAAUAAAAUGUCGGCAAAAGACCGCGGUUAACGGCAAGGUUAAUAACUGCCUCGGUAGGUCGAAAAACUUUGAAAUAAAUUUGUACGGUUGCCGAUCAGACCAAAGUUUCGUAUGUAUAGAUAAAAAGAAUAAAAACAAAGUAAAUUCGGCAACCGAGACAAAAUCAUUCAGGGCAAAUUUUUCUUUAUUGGACAAUGGUGAGAUUAUGCCAAAAAAAGUAACAAAAACAAAUGAUGCCUGUUUAUUACAUGAGUAUGCAUACCAAAGUUAUUCAAUGAUAGCAGCUGUUAAAAUUUGUGAAAAAUAGUUUUAUAGUAUAAAUAUAUAAAAAAAAAUGAUAAAAAAAAAGUUGCUGUAUUUGGUGCUUUAGUGUAUGACGUUCUGCACAUCAGAAAUGUUGGUAAACAAACCCGGUUGAUCCUCAACUACAAUCAAUGUUAUUUAUUAAGCAUUUAGAGAAACCGUUUAAUGUAUCAUAACAAAAAAGAAAUCUCUUAGAAUCUAUUUGGUUAUCAGUAAAGAGUACCUGAUAACGAUAUAGAAUAACAAGAGAAAUAAGACAUUCCAAGUGAGAUUGCAUUUUCUGGUGCAAACUUGUUAGUGAUUAAUAAAGCUUGUCUACUAUGUUUAGA